CACACAUGCACCACCCUCUUCCCCAUUCUGCCUGUCACAAGGCUCAGAAACCCUCUCUCAAACAGAAAAGAAAAAAGUUGGGCAAAGUCUGUCUCAGCUCCAAUAGCUACCAGACACCCACUUCCUUUAGAGGACCGGACUCUCUCUCUCUCUCUCUUUAUCUCUCUCUCACACACACUCACUCACUCACACACACACACACACACACACACACACACACACAUACACCCCCCCACACUCACUCCUGACAGAGAAGAUAGGACAACUGGAGAGACCAUACACACUUCCUACUCAUCCAGUAACUCACCCAGCCAUCGUCAGACGCUAAGACCAAGAUGUGGACUCUACUCUUGGGGGUUACUUUUGGAUUACUGGCCUCCUCCAGGUUGGAACCGGCUCAAGCUAUAGCAAAGUCCCGUAGCUGCAGCCAUGCUGGAGUGUUCCACGUGGAGGGAGAAGCUCGCUACUCGUUGACCUUUGAUCUGGCCAAAAAACUGUGUGAGAGCCUGGGCGGCACCAUCGCCAGCAAGGAACAGGUCACUGAGGCCCAUGCCCAAGGCCUAGAGACCUGUAGAUAUGGUUGGAUCAGCAAUGGAAAUACCACCAUCCUCAGACAGAAGGCCCAUGUUAACUGUGCCAACAACAUGACAGGAGUCUUCUUCCACCAUGACACUCCGGACCAACCCUUUGAUGCCUUCUGUUUCAAUGCAUCAGAUUUGUCUAUGAAGAACUGUGAUUUGGCAAUCAAUCCUGAUUCAACAGGACCAGAGAGUGUUCAGGUGACAGAUGGAGACCUUGCUUCUGAUGCUGCAGGUGAAGCCACAGAGCAGCCUAAGACAGAGGAGGUCCCAGAGGAGAAGACAGACAUCCAGACAUAUGCCCCAGCAGUGGUGGAGGACCAGGACCAGGUACAGCCAGAGGCCACAGAGGGAACCCCAGAGGACAGAGCCCAGCCUGAGGACAGAGCCAGCACAGAGCCUGACACAGUGGACACCACCUAUGCACCUGAGAAACAGGGAGCCGAGAGCCCCACUGAGUUAGUUGAGGAAGUGGACCCGACCCAACCUGCAUCCACUGAGGCUAGCCCAGAGGAACCAACAUCAGGAGCUGAGGGUUGGGCCUCAGAGGGGGCAGCCACAGAGAGCCCUGUCGGGGCGGAAGAGCAGACUGAGGGUGAUGAGACCCAGUCAGCCGGCCACAAUGGGGUGCUGGCCACUGAGAUGGAGGACACCACCGGGUCUGGGAUGCUACCGACUGGCGCUGAGGAGGGGGCCUCUUCUAUUGCACCACCUGUUCGACAGCCAGGAGAACCACAGGGCUCAGCCAGCGAGGAGGAUGUGCAGGAGAUAGUGCCAGAGCAGAAGGAGGGGGCAGAGGUCCCAGAUCAGCCCAUUCCCAGGGGGAGGAUGAAUCCAGGUGAGGGAGUAGCCCCUCCUCCAGCCGGGCACGAGAAUAGUAGCACACCCGAUUGGCUGAUUAUUGUGGGAGUGGUUGUGGCAGUGGGCGCUCUUCUCCUCGUGUGUGCUGCUGUGGCCAAGCGGAAGAGCUGGUGCGGUCAGCAGCAGACCCUGAUGAUCACCAACAAGGAUGGUAGUGACGGGAAUGGGGCGGCGGCGUCCGUGGCUAGCUCCCGCGCCCAGGAGAGAGAGCAGGAGAUGGUGACCCUGAUGAACAAAGAGAAGAUCCAGGAAAACGGCAACACAGAGGAGUUCACCGUUAUCACACUGGAUGAGUCCCCAGAGAAAGGACAGCUGGCAUGAGAGAGGAGAGGAGGAGGACAAGGAGGAGAAGAGAGAGGGGGACAGAAGGAUAGAGAAAGAUGAGUAGCUAUGGGAGUGCUGACACUGGGGCAGGACUAGAGAAGGUCUGGCUGAGGGUGGAGAUGGACACUUUGGCCUGCUACCAAGCAGACAGACACAUUGAACAUGCCAGCUGGGGUUGGGUGGGGGAUUUGUAAAUGUAAGGGAUGGUUAAUACUCUAUUGAUUCUGUUGUUGUAUUCUGCAGAGAAUGGCUCGUUUGUCUCACCUUGUUACUAAUGUGCAACAUCGGAAACUGGCCAAGUCCUUUGCCUGUCUCUCAGAUGGGCUAGCUAGACUGUUAAAGCCAAGAUGAGCAGAAUGCUACUUUCUACCCUGUUAUGUCAGGUAUGUGGUUAGGAUUGGACAGUUUCCAGUCCUAUGGUUUGGACUGUCUCUACAGCAGGGGUGUCAACCAAGGCUUCAUACACACAUGCUGAUAUUCACCCCUGCCUUUCAAUCAGGUUGAAAUUUUACCCUGCAGACCCUGUGACACUGGGGGACUGGAGGUUGACAUCCCUGCUCUAUGCCGGGAUCUGAGUGGAGAUGUUGAAGGGGUGUGUGUGUGUGUGUGUGUGUGUGUGUGUGUGUGUGUGUGUGUGUGUGUGUGUGUGUGUGUGUGUGUGUGUGUGUGUGUGUGUGUGUGUGUGUGUGUGUGUGUGUGUGUGUGUGUGUGUGUGUGUGUGUGUAUGCACAGUAUGUACUGUAUGUGUGUAUGUAUGUGUGUGUGUGUGUGUAUGCACAGUAUGUACUGUAUGUGUGUAUGUAUGUGUGAGGGGAGAGAGGAAGGGUGUUGAUAAAGGCACAGGUGUGUGGGUGGGAGUUUUUAAAGGUGGGGGGUGGGGGUCUUGGUUUGCCCACCAAGACCAGUCGGAGGUUGAGGUUAAGGUUAAGGUUGAGGGGAAGGACAUUGUUGAUAGUGUGUCACUUGAAGCUUUUGAGGCAUUGAGUUGGAAAAACAGGCGUGCAGAAAUGUGAAAACUAAACAGACGUCAUCAAAUCAUUUUGCUGGAUGUUCAUGGGAUUAAUAUUGUUUAUUUUGGAUGGGUAAAUGUGGGACGUUGUGGCCCACUGAUGUCUAUGCUCUUUAUCAUUCCCCUGUUUUCUUUCAAUAUCAACCUUCUGUAUAUUUCAAUUGUUUCCUGUGGAUUGGGAUUUGUUUUUUACAAGAAAACACAACGAGAUGUUAGUAUUUUAAUUUAUGCAGUUUGGCUUUUUCUUGCUAUUUUUGCUUCUGUAUAUAAUGUACACGUACUUUCCAAAUGCCUCAGCAACAGUUGUCAUUCAUCUUUUUUUGCAUGCAAUGCCCUUUAAUGAAGAAAUAAAAGCUGUCAUAUUUGAGAAUUAUUUAAUCAAAUUCAGAACCUAUGGUCUUCAAUUGUGAUAGAACAUUUGCAAUAGUCAGAGUAGAUAUUGUAUAAAUCAACUUCAUGUAUAGUAUUCAAGACUGUGCAUUUUAAAUACCUUUUUUUAUGAUGUCUAUUAACAUGGUCUGUAUAAAUAAUACAUUCAUGUUGAGUAGCGUACAGGAUUGUAUGGAAUAUCAACAGCUUUCGGAGAAUAGAUGCAAUGGUCAGAUGUGGAUGUUGGAGUACACGUAUCACAUCACCAUAUAAGUCACCUCAUGCUAUAUUGACAGAAAUGUGCCAUUUACAAUGACCUAGCACUGUGUAGUAAUGCAUUACACUGUGAUGGAACCUAAUAACUGUUGUUAACGGCCAACAUGAAAAUCAAUGUACAAUCCUGAGGAGUGACCGCGUCCCUCACUGACAAAAUAAUUGAUCUGGCUGGACACACUGACAACAACACAUGAUCUGGACACAGAUAUUACAGUAAUGGGCAGAAGAGAAGAGCUCCAAGCACAACUUUGGAUUCUACUUCGCUGGGCUCCUUUGUAACAAAGCAGCAGAGGCCAUCUUAUUUCUGUGGCUUUCCCUGUUAUGUGCAUCAGAGAGAGGGAGGUUGAUGAAUUCAUGUGUCUCUGGCUAGGAGCUCUGUGUCUCCAUACUGAUCCAGGUUCCAAUGUGCCCAUUGCUCCACACCUCCAUGUGAUUACAUAAUAAUCUGUCUCUUUCUUUUAUAGGCAAAUCACUUUUAUCUGUGAUUGUCUGUGGAUAUUAUGAAUCCUCCCAUAUCAGUUCGACAUUUGUCAUGCCUUUUGAGUAAGCGACAGGACAAAUGUGUGUCCCAGCUCUUUUGUGUGGCUUUUUGCCUCUGUUUUUAUUCCUCUCCGAUCUUGCUCUCAUUUGAUUCACUUUGAGGAAAAUUAGAAAUUGUAUUAGAGUAGGAGUGUGUAAUGAUGAAUUAAUAAAACAUUGUUAAUGAGAAAAUAUGUGUAAAGUCAUGGAUGAAAUAAAUGUGUAUAGAGGAAA